GAUGCCUUGGAGAAUAGCGCCUAUGGAACCCGAACCAUAGGUGCUAUUCUCCCAGUGAUGGACGAGUGGCUCAGCCGCAGGAGGGGGGCCCUAACAUACAGGAUGACGCAGGUGGUGUCCGGACACGGCUGUUUCGGACAUUACCUGCACAGAAUACGGAGAGAACCGGGGCCUCACUGCCACGAAUGCGGCGCAGCGGACGACACAGCCCAGCACACUUUGGAAGAGUGCGGUCGCUGGGCUGUUGAAAGAGCCACCCUCAGGGCGGCGACGAGGAUGGCGGACCUCUCGCUACGCAGCGUAGUAGAAGCUAUGCUGGGUAGCGAGAAAAACUGGAAUGCGGUGGUUUCCUUCUGCGAAGUGAUCAUAUCGCAGAAGGAAGAAGCAGAGAGGGAGCGAGAAACAGCCGCAGACGCUCUUCCGCUACGACGCAGGCGGCAGGGUCGAAGGCGAAGAGCGUACGCUCGCCUCGAGCCGUAAGGGGUUUUACCCCCCUGAUUGAAUGCCAGCGAGGGGGAUCAAGCGUCUCUGAUCCCCAUCUUUAUGCGGGUGCCUUGGCCGGGCAAUGCCGGAGGGCGCCGUGGUGAAUGACAUGAUGACAACAUCGAUCCCAGCGCGCCCUCACGAACGGCAAAGAGGAUGGAACGCCGGAGUGGGUUUAGUGGGUAGGGCCAAGUUUCCCCCCUCUCGACAGGGGAGGGGAAAGAAACGGCGAGUCCCAC